AUGAAGGCUCCGGUGUCGUGGAUCCGGCGGCGUGACUGGCACAUCUUGACGUCGGGCGUGUUCACCUACACGAACGACGAGCGCUUCCAGGUGGUGCAUUCAGCCGGCGGCGACGAGUGGACGCUGCACAUCAAAUAUGUGCAGAAGCGAGACAACGGCACGUACGAAUGCCAG